UCGCCACAUUCCUCUCUUUCUCUUCUGUACUAUAAAACAGCUCUCUCAUUUCUCUACGAUAUCGUAUUCGUUCAAGCAAUCAUCAUCGACAUUCAACAGAGAAAAAGAAGAAGAAAAUGUCGGACUGGGGACCGAUACUAGUGACGGUGAUACUCUUCGUGAUGCUCACGCCAGGACUUCUGUUUCAGUUGCCUGGACGACAAAGAUACGUUGAGUUUGGUAAUUUUCAGACAAGUGCCGUCUCCGUUAUGGUCCAUUCCCUUCUCUACUUCUCCCUCGUCUGCGUCUUCCUCCUCGCCCUCAAAAUUCACAUCUACAUUGCCUAAUUGUUGUAACCCCUUUAAUUUAUUCUGUGUGUUUUCUUUUAGAAUUUUAACCUUAAACUCGUUUCUAU